CUCCUUCUCCAUCACCGGCCGGACAUCUCGCCGACGCUAGCUGUACCUAGCAAGCACCCGUCCGGGCCUCCUCCAACCUACAAUCUCGAAUCCGCCCUCCGACGGUCCCCGGGACCGCUACGGCCUCUGUCCGUACGCAGUAUUCGUACAGACUACGAACUGCUCUUUCUGUGCGCACGCGACACUCCAGCCUGGCCAAUGCCUCGCACGUCGCAUUCUCCAUCCGUUUCGCUGACGUGCUCACAAGGAACGAACGAAGCUUUGCAAAAGGACGCCCCCAUGCCCCCGACCCGUGGACGCCAACAGUGUCUUCGUUCCAUCUUUCCAUCUUGUCCGUCGCACUAUUGCUUGGUGAAAAGCAAAAACCAGGGGCUCGGCCGGCCAACGCAAUGUCCAAAGUCUAACAAAUCAACAACUACUAUUGAAACGAAGGAACCAAGAACGACGGGGGAUAUCUUCAAUCGUCGGCCAAUGACGGCCGUCACAUUUGUUGGCCAGCCUCCUCUUCCGGCUAGUCUCUGUCACAGCGUCCCGAACCGUUGUCCUCCAGUCUGUGAGCAUCGAGGGAGUGUGUUGCACUCUGGGCGAGCCUCCGGGCCUUCCAGGCUUCCACAAGCUCUACACUAG